AAUUGUUUUUAAAUGCUUAACUAUUUUGGCAUAUAUCUUUUUUCACGAUUCCAGGGCGAUGGAGAGCUGCUGCCAAUUUUGCAAGUUGAGACCGGGGCUGCUGGUAAAACGUGGAGAUUCAGUGCCGAAAACCCUUUGCCUGCAAUGCCUGCAUUUGGAUACAUUUGGAACCCAACACCCGGGUGUCCAAACGAAAGUUAAGGAUGAAAUCCUCGAGGAGAAACCAUUGCAGGGAGAAUAUUUCAUAAUUACAGAAUGCGAGGAAGAGCCAGCAUUGCAAAUAUGCCGGGUUUGCAUGUGUCAGAGCGAGAACAUGAUCAACAUAUUCGACAACACGCUGGAUUCGUCGGACAUUCCGAUAGCCACUCUGAUCUCCCAGAGCACAGGCUUUCGUGUGGAGAAAGGAGACUCAUUUCCGGAAACCAUUUGUGCCACUUGUCUGGAGGAUGCACAAAACGCCAGUGCGACUAUGAGAGCAUCAUCAGAGGAGUACCAAAAGAUAUGUGACCAAGUAAAGGAAGAGAUCAAAGAGGAGAUGGAUGAUGAAAUUCCGGUGAGAAACGAGCCAAUUGAAGAUGACCCAUACGAAGAAGUUCCCAAUGAAAGAAUCAACGAAAGGAACUCCAUCUCUCUGGCAUCUAAUAUCCAGAAUCAGGAGCUUCAGGAAGAGGAUCACUUCCAGAACAAGGAACCUCCGCUUACCAGUCAAAGAAGCUCCCGCUCUCUGCCAACUAAAGUACAAAAUCGUAAAAUCCCGAAUCGGAGGAAGAAAAACCAGUUCAUGCCCCAGCUCAUUCCAAGUCAAGAGGAAAAAAACGCUAUGAAGUUCAUAGAUCAACCGCCGCACAGGUGUCCUCAAUGCCCCAAGAUAUUCCUGCACAAGCCCAAUUUCAUAGCUCAUCUGCGGACGCAUACGGAAACAAAUAUCGAAGGAAAUGUUUGGCCAAAGUGCCCCAAAUGCCCAAAGGUGUACCAACAAGCUGUCACGCUAUAUGCUCACAUCCAGGAACACAAGGCUAUUGAGGCAAGUAAACCAGCCUACGAGUGCCCAAAAUGUCCAAAAACCUUCUCCACAGCCGAAUUCCUUAAAUAUCACAUACGUAGCCAUGAGGCGGGCUAUUCAACGGAGCUCACGGGCGAAUCGCCGUACAAGUGCCCGAUAUGUUCGAAAAAAUUCUUACACCAGACAUUUUUUAUGGCUCACAUGAAGACGCACGAGACUGAGAAAGCGGUACUUGCUAUUAAAUGUGUGAACUGCAAGAGGCCAUGUUUUGAACAAGAAGAUCUUAUAUCUCAUAUUUGUGGCUCCGACACCUUUACGUGCUCCUAUUGUCUAAAGAUGUUGCCAUGUCGGUAUGUGCUGAGGAAUCACAUCCGGAGCAGUCACAUGGGCGAAGGACCCUUCCAGUGUGAUCAGUGCGAGCGACCCUUUGCGAAAUACACAAGUUUCGAAGCACAUGUCGGCGAGCAGGCGUGCUUGAAAUAUUUCGAUACUGCCACCUUAAAAUUCCAGUGCCCCCACUGCCCCCUAUCAUUUUUAGUACAAAGAGAUUGCGAUGCUCACGUUGGCACUCACUUGCAAAAAGGUCCAUACGAGUGUACCACCUGCAACAUCUUCUUUUCGUUUUCAAUCUAUCUUAAGAUGCACGAAGGGACACACAGGAAGAAAGGACCAUACCCGUGUACCCAUUGCUCAAGGACUUUUGGGAGGCGUUAUGUUCUCAAGAGGCACAUUCUUGAACAUAGAAAAAAGGCUAGAAGUAACCAGAAAUUUAUGAAUUUGUUAAAUUAGGUACUCCCAUACCAUUAUUUUAUCCCCGAAAUUUCAUUGCUGGACCAUUACAAAUGUUACUAUAUUAUUUUUAACCCCUCAUUACCAAAUAAGCUUCUCAAAUUAUCAUUUAUAUUUGAGUUUUAGUGUUUGUCAGAA